AUGACCACACCAGUGGCUUCAUCACUAACUCUCUUCUAUGGUACUCGAGCCAACUUUGGCACGAGAUUUCCGAUAACCAAUCAACACCAAAUAACCACCUUUGUCAGCCUCACCACUUUUCUCAUCUUAGUUGUCACGGCGACGACGAACAACUACAGACCUUUCCUCGAGAACUAUUUGUUCUUCAUUUCGGAGUCAUUUCUAUCGGCGCUAACAAAGGUAACUGCUGAAACUUUUAUGAAUUUUACUUUUAACGAAAUUGCGAAAACAAAAAGAAAGCAACGCCAACAGAGAGAAUCCAGUGAAUAUCGGUCCCCGCCCAUUGUCGCCACCGUUUCCGCUCUUGUAACAAAUCAGAGUCCAAGUUCACAAAUCGAUAAACUGAGCGUCGCCCUGCGCAGCAGUCCGAUGGCGCAGGAUGCGUCGAUCAGGCAGUCCAUCGCCAAUAUGACCGAACGCACUCAUAUUCGCUUCAACGGACAAAAGAUUAAAAUGCCCGUUGACUUCCUCCUCAACACAGGAACCUUUGGUUGA